CAGAAACCAUCACUCACUUCAUUCCCACUUCUUCUUCAAGAUUCUUCAGAUUCUUAUAGUACUUGAUUGAAUCACAAAGCCACCUCCUUUUCUCUCAAAUUGGAUACCCUUUUGCCUCAUUAGUACUCUAUUUACACGCAUUGGGAAACUGCGCCAGUUUUUAAACAAAGAAAGAUCAAAACUUUAGCUUCCAAUCUCCAUGGUUGAAUCGUAAAGGCCAAGUGCUGCUUUUAUGAAACUGUGCCAUUAUCAACAUCAUCAUAGUCAGAAUAGCAAUCGAGAAAGAUCAAAGAUGCUCCUGCGUACCCCACAUUUGUACGAUUCAAAUGUCUCCAAAUUCCCGCUCUUUGCAUCAUCAUCACCAUUUUCGACAACUCAGGCCGGUGCUUCAUCGUGUAUAGUAGCUCCCCCUGUUCUUGAUGUUGGGUUGAAGUUGAGUAAACAAGCAACGGGCAGCAAUCAGCAAGGGCUUGUGAGAAAGACCCGGGAUCAUGUCAUGCAUAGCACGGGUAAUGCGUACGGUCAGGGUGCUCAGGGAAGUGUGCUAGAGGAAGAAGCCCAACUGGCAGAGACCAGCCAGUCAUGGAAAACUUUUCCAGGUCAGGCUUUUCCGCUGGGUGUAUCAGAAGUUGAUACUGGUGUCAAUUUUGCCAUUUUCUCACAGCACGCAACCGCUGUCACACUUUGCAUUAAACUUGCAGAGAGGGGACAGUUUGGAGGGCCAGAUGGUGGAAUGACUGAGCUGGCUUUGGAUCCUAAAGAGAACAAGACAGGUGACAUUUGGCACAUAUCUAUAAAGGAUUUUCCCCGUAGCAAUGUCCUUUAUGGUUACCGUAUUGAUGGACCUCAAGGUUGGCAGCAAGGGCAUCGGUUUGACAGCAGCAUUGUGCUAAUAGAUCCUUAUGCGAAGCUAGUUGAAGGCCGCCGGUAUUUUGGAGAUUCCAGAGAAAAGUUAUCUGGGUUUCUUGGUACUUAUGAUUUUGAUAGCUUGCCUUUUGAUUGGGGAGACAACUACAAGCUUCCAAAUAUACCCGAGAAUGAUCUUGUUAUAUAUGAAAUGAAUGUUCGUGCAUUUACAGCUGAUGAAUCCACUGGUCUGGAUCCAGAUGUUCGUGGUAGCUACCGUGGUCUGAUUGACAAGAUUCCACACCUUCUAGAGCUCGGCAUCAAUGCUGUAGAGUUGCAGCCUGUCUUUGAAUUUGAUGAGUUUGAGUUUCAAAGGCGUUCAAAUCCUAGAGAUCACAUGAUUAAUACGUGGGGCUACUCAACAAUAAACUUCUUUGCCCCUAUGAGCCGUUAUGCGAGUGCUGGUGGAGGACCCCUUAAAGCUUCCCAUGAAUUUAAAGAAAUGGUUAAAGCCUUGCAUGGUGCUGGGAUAGAGGUCAUUUUGGAUGUUGUCUAUAACCAUACAAAUGAAGCUGAUGAUGCCUACCCUUAUACCACUUCAUUUCGUGGCAUAGAUAAUAAGGUUUAUUACAUGCUGGACCCAAACAGUGGCCAAUUACUGAACUUCUCGGGCUGUGGGAACUCAUUUAACUGUAACCAUCCUGUUGUUAUGGAGCUCGUUCUCGAGAGCUUAAGACACUGGGUCACUGAAUAUCAUGUGGAUGGAUUUAGAUUUGACCUUGCUAGUGCUCUUUGUCGGGGAACAGAUGGAGCUCCACUUGAUGCGCCGCCACUUAUCCGGGCUAUCGCAAAAGAUGCCAUUCUAUCGAGAUGUAAAGUUAUUUCUGAGCCUUGGGAUUGUGGAGGUCUUUAUCUUGUUGGAAGUUUUCCAAACUGGGACAGGUGGGCCGAAUGGAAUGGAAUAUAUCGUGACGACUUGAGGAGAUUUAUAAAGGGAGACUCAGGUAUGAAAGGAAGUUUUGCAACUCGUGUUUCUGGAUCUGCUGACCUUUACAAAACGAACAAGCGCAAGCCUUAUCACAGUAUUAAUUUUAUUAUUGCACAUGAUGGGUUCACACUAUAUGAUCUCGUUUCAUACAAUUUCAAGCACAAUGAUGCUAACGGAGAAGGAGGAAAUGAUGGAAGUAAUGAUAAUCUGAGCUGGAAUUGUGGUUAUGAAGGAGAAACCGAUGAUUCUACUGUUAAAGCUAUACGCUCCCGGCAAAUGAAAAACUUCCAUCUGGCGUUGAUGAUCUCUCAGGGAACACCAAUGAUGAUGAUGGGAGAUGAAUAUGGGCAUACUCGACAUGGAAAUAACAACAGUUAUGGACAUGAUACUGCUAUUAACCAUUUCCAGUGGGGACUGUUGGAAUCACGGAAGAAUAAUCACUUCCGGUUUUUCAAAGAGGUGAUAAACUAUCGAAGAACACAUCGUGUAUUUGGCCGUGAUAGAUUUCUUGAGAAAAGUGAUGUGACAUGGCAUGAAGGCAACUGGGACAAUUAUGAGAGCAAGUUUCUUGCAUUUACGUUUCAUGACAAUAAUGGAGGAGACAUCUACAUGGCAUUCAAUGCUCAUGAUUAUUUUAUUGAAGUUCCGAUCCCCUCACCACCAGAAAAGAGGAUUUGGUUUCGUGUGGUCGACACUAAUCUCGAGUCUCCCAAUGACUUUGUGCUUGAAGGCGUCCCAGGCACUAGAGGCACUUACAACAUGGCCCCUUACUCCUCAAUUCUUCUUGAAGCAAAAUGAUCAGACGACUCGGAAGCUGCUUGCUGAUGAAGUUUUCAGAUCAUGUGAACGCUGGUUGAAGGACUGCUAAUUCUAUCUGGGACACAUUUUACUUUGAAGUCCUUAAAUUCUAGAAAUCCACUUUCAUAUCACUGGAACAAUAAAGUAGUUUUUAUGUUGGAGUAGUUCAGAACUUCUGAUCGCAAAUAAGAAACUGUCGGCUUCCACCUUGUAUAUUCAGAGGGAGCUAGCUGUGAAUGCUUGUAAUUACUCUUAAUAAUCACAUAACCGAUCAGUGGGAUGAUAUAGGUUACCACAAUAA